GAGGUACGCUGUUCGCUGGGGCGGUCAUUUGUUUCUGCCGGAACCUUUGGCGUGAGCCUUUACGUGUAGGGGGCGGAGGGAAUAGUUACGGUUGUGCCACAGGGAGAUGGCGUUGCCGGAGCAGGAAGCUAUUCGUGAGUUCGUGACCGUAACGGGCGCAGAGGAGGAGCGGGCCCGCUUCUACCUGGAGUCCGCGGAUUGGGACCUAGAGCUGGCUCUGGGGAGCUUUUUUGAAGAAGGUGGUGAUGAUGAUGUCAUAACACUUCCUCAGCCUGAAUCCAGCACCAGUUCCAGAAAUGUGCCAAGUGAUGUCCGAGUAACCUCAUUCAGAGAUUUGUGGAAUGAAGAGAAAGAUGAAGAGGAGGAUGAAGGCCAAAGAUUUUAUGCUGGUGGCUCUGAAAGAAGUGGACAGCAAAUUGUUGGUCCUCCUAAAAAGAAGAAUUCUAAUGAAGUUGUAGAAGACCUUUUUAAAGGAGCAAAGGAACACGGUGCAGUUGCUGUUGAACGAGCUGGCAGAAGUCCUGGAGAAUCCAGCAAAUCUAAGCCGUUUGGUGGUGGUGGUUACCGUUUGGGAGCAACUGAGGGAGAACAGUCUGCAUAUGUUACAGGAGAUCGGAGACCAGAAACAGCACAAGAUGUUCACGUUAUACUGAAGCUUUGGAAAAGCGGUUUCAGUGUUGAUGAUGGUGAGCUGAGAAAUUACACUGACCCUACAAAUGCUCAGUUUUUAGAAUCUAUUAGGCGAGGUGAGAUUCCACUGGAGCUGCGGAGAUUGGCUCGGGGUGGGCAGGUGAACCUGGACAUGGAAGACCAUCGGGAUCAAGAAUUUGUAAAGUCAAAGGCUGUAUUUAAGGCAUUUGGAGGUGAAGGACAAAAGUUGGGGAGUGCCACACCUCAGCUAGUAACUACAACUACUCCAGCCCAGCAAGCAGAAAAUGAAGCAAAGGCCAGUUCUUCUGUAAACCUAAAUGAAUUAGAACCAACCACCAGUAUCCAGAUACGACUUGCAGAUGGGGGACGUCUUGUUCAGAAGUUUAAUCACACGCAUAGGAUUCAGGAUGUUCGACAUUUUAUUAUUGAUGCCCGCCCGUCUUUGGCUUAUACUCCCUUUGUGCUGAUGACCACCUUCCCUAGUAAGGAGCUGACGAAUGAGAAUGAAACCCUAAAAGAUGCCAAUCUGCUGAAUGCUGUAAUAGUACAGAGGCUGAAAUGAAUGCACUUCUCCAUCAAACCUCAUGUUGGUGGAGUACUUGAACUGUUCAGACUUUCCAUUAGUUAAACUCACUGGUUGUGAUAAAUUGGAGACAAUGCUUUUAGACAGAACUGUUUGCCCUUGAGGUUAUUCAUGUGCUCAUUCAGUUACACAGCUUUCAGCGUGACUUUGUGAUAAAAACCUUAAUUGCGUAUUUGAUUUAUAAUUUUUCAAUUUUUAAGUGAAAAUAUUAUACAUUCAAAUUCACCAAUAUUAGUUGAUGCAUCCCAACUAACUCUUAAUUUUUUGUGACUGCUAUUGUAUAGGGAAAAGUGUACCUUGAUAGAAAAUUGCAUUCUAAAAAUCAAAUCAAAUUUAAAACAUUCUAUGUUUGUCAAAUGGGUCUUGUACCUAGCAUUGUUCAUUUUGUACACUGCUGCAUUGAAUGAAUAAUCUGAGCACAA